CUCUGAGUCAUCAAAUAUAAAAAAUAAAAAAUAAUAAAAAAAAUAUGUUCUUCAAAUAAUACACACUUGAGCACUAUAGGCCACAGUAUACUAGUUUUGAGAUAAGCCAUGUCUGUCGUAUCAUAUCAUACUAUAAGAAGUGUUUAACUUUGCAGGACACUGAAUUAAAUAAUUGCAAAAUAUUAACAACAAUUACUGACAUCGUAUUACUUUUAACUUAUGUGAUGACGCAUGUGUAGCAUAGGUGAACAACCCUGCUGAUUUCUGUAUGCUUGUUUUCCAGUUAUUUAAGUCUGUUACUUAUUUGCAUGAGAGCUAUGUCUCUCUGUCAACUUUGUACUGCCUUAUCACCAGUGCAUUUAAGAACCUGCAAUUGCAAAAGCAAAGUCCUGUGCAAGGUGAAACCUGAAAAGACCAAGACAUUUUCCUCUCUCAGGUAUUGGAGAAUAACUGGGAAAAGCAAAACAUACUGACUGGUAGGAAAAUAGAGAGUAAAAAUGCACCUGACCUGGAUCUGGAUAUGCCUCUGCUGGCUCUGUUCGGCAGUGGUGUAUGGUGGGAAAGUGCUCGUUUUCCCAGUUGAUGGAAGCCACUGGGUGAACAUGAAAGUCAUUAUUGAAGAGCUGCAUUCAAGGGGCCACCAGGUGUCUGUGGUGCGACAGACAGACAGCUGGUACAUCAAAGAAACCUCCCCAUUCUAUUCUUCAAUUACAAUCGAUGGCAAGUCUGGUUUUGAUGAGGACUUCAUCAGUUCAUUUGUAGCCCAGCUGCUGGAAAUCCAGCGUGAAGGAAAGUCUGCUUGGAUGCGUUUUAAACUGGAAAUGGAACAAGCACAGAAGGCCUCUGAAUUCCACGUUAAAUCAUGCAAAAUUCUUGAAAAAAUUUUUGAAACUAAAGAGCUUAUACAGCCAAUGCAGGAAGCCAAAUAUGACCUUGUGUUGACAGACCCUGUGAUUCCAGUGGGUAUUAUAAUUGCUCACUACCUUAAGUUGCCUCUUGUUUUUAAUGUCAGAUGGACCAGUCAUGGUGAGGGCCAUUUCUCAAUCGCACCUUCACCUCUCUCUUAUGUGCCAGUAACAGGAACGGAGCUAACUGAUAAAAUGACGUUUUUUGAGAGAGUCUUUAAUGUAGUUGUUUUUGCCUUCAACAAAUACCAAAUUGCAGUGAAUAUAUUACCCCAUUAUACUAGCUUAACUAAGAAAUAUCUUGGUGAAAAUACUGACUACAUAUCCAUGUUUCAAGCUGCAGACCUUUGGCUCAUGAGAGUGGACUUUGUGUUUGAGUUCCCUCGUCCCACCAUGCCUAAUGUUGUUUACAUGGGAGGCUUCCAGUGUAAACCUGCAAAACCACUUCCUCAACACCUGGAGGAGUUUGUGCAGAGUUCUGGAGAUCAUGGAUUCAUCAUCAUGUCUCUGGGGACUUUGAUUGGAGAGCUUCCAUGUGACUUAGCUGAUGGGAUUGCAGCAGCUUUUGCUAAAUUGCCCCAAAAAGUAAUUUGGAGGUAUAAAGGCAGCAGACCAACCACGCUUGGUAACAACACUUUACUUGUUGACUGGAUGCCACAGAAUGACCUGUUAGGACAUCCUAAGAUAAAACUAUUUGUGGCUCAUGGAGGAACAAAUGGAGUCCAAGAGGCCAUGUAUCACGGAGUUCCUAUACUAGGUCUUCCACUGAUAUUUGACCAGCGUGAUAAUCUGCUUAGAAUUGAAGCAAGAGGAGCUGGAAAGAAUCUAGACAUUUUUUCUAUGAAUGAGGACAUUUUCUUCCAAGGUAUUCAUGAAAUCCUCUCUGAACCUUCCUACAGAAUGAACAUGCAGAGACUCUCCAGGCUGCACAGAGAUCAGCCUUUGAAGCCAUUAGAUAACGCCCUCUUCUGGAUAGAGUUUGUCAUGAGACACAAAGGUGCAGCUCACUUAAGAACUGAGUCCUACAGGCUUCCCUGGUAUUCCUACCACUCUGUAGAUGUGAUGCUCUUCUUAGCUGGUAUUAUUCUGGUUAUUUUGGGAACCUCAACUUUUAUGAUAAAAUGUCUGUGUUCACUGUGUCUAAGAAAAAAAACUAAACGUGACUGAAAAGAGACAACUCAUUUUUUAUGAACUAGAAAGAAUGAACUUGUAGAGGGAUGGUUGUAUUUGAUGGAGUGUAUUGUACAUCAUUUUAAUUUACGGAAAUUGGAGGUGUAUUAUUGAGUACAAUUUGGAUGUGGGGCUAUUUGUCAUCUGUAUCCUUCGAUCAAAUCUUUAACAUACUGCAGAGUGAUUUUGCUGCUAUGAAACUCCAUUCUGACCCCAACCAUAAAAAAGCAUUUAUUAAAACUGGUGGUACAAUUUAUGAACUUGUUAUCCCUUGCAUGAUUUUGCUCUUUGUUGCCUUUGUUUCACUGAUUUUUAUGACUUCUUAAAUUCACUUAUGCACUUUGGCAGAAGGCACUUGUAUAUUUCUGAAUGGUUACAUCUUUUUCCAGAUGUGGUACAAAAUUGAGAAUUCGGCCUUCUUAUCUUGUCCAAACCAAGCACCUUGUGAGGAUUUGAACAUAUCCAUUCACACACAAAGAUUAGAGCAACAGGCCAGGUGUUAUGCUAGACCAUAAAGCUUAAAUCCUUGCUUUCUCUAAGCCCUUAUUUGUCUUUUUACAAGUUAUAUAUUUAACAGCUGAUCCUUAGUUUUUUGCAAGACACAAAACUACAUAA